CGGGUCUCAGGUGUCACCGGAGUGGCGGUAAUGCACCAUUAAGCUGGAUGCCAACUGCCGUAAAACAAGACACGGACAGACAGGUGUCACCGGUGUUGGAACCCUUCUGUGCCUCGGGGUGCACGGCACGGCGUGAACCAGGAUGGCCAAUACAGAUUAUGACAGUGAACAAAUGAAAGAAAGUAUUAAUGAAAAAUACCCGCAAACAAGUGGAUGCAGGAAAAAUCUCUACACAGAGGUCAGUGUAAGAGAGGAAUCCUGCAGCUUAGUGAAUGAAGCAAUGGCAACCUCAGAUAUGGAGGAUUCCACAAUGGAUUUCACUGUCAAGCCCGCAAACUGUUUUGCAGGAUCAGAUUCCGGUGUAGAAGGGUUGUGCGAAAGAACAAAACAGCUAGUUAGCGAAAUAAAUAAAAGUAGAAUAAGAGAUCACAAGUUGAUGACCAACUUUAAAGAUAUUCUUAUUAUGAAGGUUUCAGAAUUCUCUAAGAAGCUAGAAGAAAGAUUGUUUGAAAUCUACAGCAAUGAGAAUAAAUUGAUUGAGGACACUCUACAGGAGCUAUUGACCAGCCUGGAUAGAAUCAGAUGUUUAGAGUCUGAACUUAAACAGACCUGCAAUGCCAUGGCCACAGUCUACAAGGACAUGUGUUCACAUCCUGAAGUCUGAGUGGUAUUUUAUGACAUGAGGUAUUCUGUGGGAUCAGUGUUUAUUUUCUUCUUUUUUGGUGUACUAGGUAGAUUUCUUUGUGGCCACUUGGCUUGAUGAUUUAAUGUUUUUUUGCAAUCCAGUACAGUUAUGCUUUUGCCACAAAAUGUCACAAUGUACACUCUGUUGAGAUAUUAUUUCUCAAACUUAGAGCUAUAUUUAAUUAAUACUCAACAUAGAUUUAUAUAAUUUUGUUUGGCAAGUUCAUCUCUUCUAACAAUUGUAAAAUAAAUUACAGCUUUUGA